AUGGCAUCUUCAAUAAUUGUUACUACUACGACAACAACAACUACAACUACUGCAACAGCCAUAGCUCAGCAGCACUACAGUGCCUUGCCGUUGUCAGCUGCAUGGGAGUUAUUGUCAUCUACUUUUCAGGAAGACUUUGUCACCGCUUUGAACAAUUUAGAAUACAUACCAGGGGGUGGUAUCAUUUUGAGAUACAUCAAAUCAUCGUACCAGAAUGAUCCUAUAAGAUCUUUGCUUGAGUUUUGUUUAGUUCUUUUUGCCCUAUCAUAUUUUUUGAGUUCCAAGAAAAAGGAAAACAAGUCGGAAUUGGUAAGAUUUUCUCGUAAAGAAAUUGAUGAGUUGUGUGAUGAAUGGGAACCAGCUCCUUUGGUCAACGAGGUUACCGAAUUGGAAAACUGGGAAUUGAAAGCAGUGCCAGAAAUUAUAGGUCAGAAUGGUGCUCAUGUGAACUUGAAUAACAAGACGGCAGUAAACCUUGCUUCACAAGAUUUCCUUAAUCUCAACGAAAACGAUAGAAUCAAAGAAUCGGCCAGAGUGGAAAUUAGAUCCGCUGGUGUGGGUGCAUGUGGUCCACCAAAUUUUUAUGGGACCCAGGAUGUUCACGUUAGAUUGGAAGAAGAUUUGGCACGUUACUUGGACUCGGAGCAGGCUAUCAUUUAUGGACAAGAUUUUGUUACUGCUGGUUCUGUUAUACCUGCGUUUUUGAAGAGAGGUGAUUUGUGUGUGGUUGACAGUGGUGUUAAUAUUGCAUUGCAAAAGGCGUUAAUUGUUAGCAGAGCCGAUAUUGAAUGGUAUGACCACAAUGAUGUUGACCAUUUGGAACAGAUUUUGACACAAUUGAAACCAGUUUUAGAUAAACAGAAACCAAUAAGAAGAAGAUUUAUUAUCACAGAAGGGUUGUUUGCCAAUUCCGGUGAUAUUGCCAACUUGCCCAGAAUAGUGGAAUUGAAAAACAAAUACAAGUAUAGACUCUUUUUGGACGAAUCAUUGUCCAUUGGUGUUUUAGGUGGCACCGGUAAGGGGUUAGCAGAACACUACGGGGUUUCAAGAGAUGAAAUUUCCAUCACUAUUGGCUCCAUGGCUAAUUCGUUUGCGUCAUCUGGUGGAUUCUGUGUUGGUGUUAAUCCAAUGGUACACCAUCAAAGAAUCUCAUCCAACGCAUAUGUCUUUAGUGCAUCGCUACCACCAUAUUCAGCCAAGGUGACGUCCCAAGCAAUUAGAGAAAUCCUGGCACCAGAAAAUUUGGACCCAACUACUGGAAAAUCGAAAUUAAUGGUUCAGUUGCAUAAAAAGACUGUUGACGUGUAUGAUAAAUUGGAAGCUGCUCUUGAAAGUUUGCCAAUGCACAUUGUGUCAUCUCCUCAGUCGCCUAUGAUACAUUUGGGAUUGAGAGAAGAGGUAAGAGAACAAUUGAAUUUGCCAUUGAUGUAUGGUAACUCCACAUUUAUCACCACGGGGAAGCCUGCGAAAUUAUUGAAUGAGUUUGACGAAUAUUUGAAUUUGGAAAGUUUUAUUUUACAAAAAAUCAUUGAUUAUGUUUUGGAACAUGAAGGUAUUUUAAUAACCAGAAGUAAGUUAAUUUUGGAACAUGAAAACUUGCCAGUGUUGCCACCACAUUUGUUGAUAAUGAUAAACCUUGGUGUCAACGCAGAAGAACUCAAUCGUGUUGUCGAGGUAUUACCAAAAGCAAUUGAAAGUGUAUUUACCAAUCUCAAAUCAGAGGAAGAUUUGUUGCUCUUAAGAGAUGAACUUAUUAAUUAUUAA